GCCGUCUCGCACUCGCUCGGGAUGACUGAGUGAUGAGGAGUGAGAGAUGAGUGAGUGAUGAUGGGUGAGAGACGAGUGAGUGAUGCGCGUCAACGAUGCUCCUCGAGCACCUCGGCGGGGGACACGGCGGCUGAGCGGUGCUGAGCCUCCUCCUGCCUUGCUUUCCAAGUGUCUCUUCAUCUCAUCACCGCCACAGUCACCGUGCGAUGAGCAUCUCCGAAAGCGAUGACUGAGUUUCGCGGACCCCGCCGCUGACGCAGAGCCGCACGAAGAUGGUUUCGGGACUGGUUGCUGUUCUUCCACCUCCUGCGCCUCCUCGAUUGCUGUGGCACGCAGCACCUCUCUGCUCCCUGACUGCUGGGCCUGAUCAUAGAGAACCUGCAUUAGUGCCACACUCCUACUUGGGUUUCCAGACCUAUUAGCCCAGCUCUGCCUCUUCAGUCUUCUCCCUCUUUCUCCAUGUCUCUCUCUUUCUCCAUGGUGUUCCUGCUGGUGUCUGUGCUCCUCCUGGUUCUCCUGACAUGUGCAACAUCCCUGGAGAACAUCCCGGGAGGUGUGCAGGCCCCAGGGGCCCUGUUGAACUUGCAGGCAGGAGAGCUGGUCAAUGAAACGGAGGUGGGACCCCCAGGGACAAGCCGGCGCAUACCCCAGAGCAUCAUCAUCGGGGUCCGCAAGGGUGGCACGCGAGCCCUGCUGGAGAUGCUGGACAUCCAUCCUGACGUUGCCGUGGCCACCACCGAGGUACACUUCUUUGACUGGGACCAGAACUAUGCCAAGGGCCUUGAGUGGUACCGGCAGCUGAUGCCACUUUCCCAGCCACACCAGAUGACUGUGGAGAAGACACCGGGCUACUUUACUUCAGCCCUGGCGCCCGAGCGCAUCCGAGCGAUGAACAGCUCCAUAAAGCUGCUGCUCAUUCUCCGGGACCCCACGGAGCGCGUUGUGUCCGACUACACUCAAGUGUACUAUAACCGCCUGGAGAACCACAAGCCUGUGCAGCUCAUCGAGGACAUCCUGAUCCAUGAUGGGGCACUCAACACUCGCUAUAAAGCCAUUCAACGCAGCCUGUAUGACGUGCACAUGCGCAACUGGCUGCACCACUUCCCCCUGGAGCAGAUCCACGUGGUGGACGGGGACACGCUCAUCCGAGACCCGCUGCCUGAGCUGCAGAAGGUGGAGAGGUUCCUCAACCUUCCACCCAGGAUCAUGUCCUCCAACUUCUACUUCAACCAGACCAAGGGGUUCUACUGCAUCCGCAGCGAUGGCCGUGAGCGUUGCCUACAUGAGUCCAAGGGGCGCCCCCACCCCGUAGUUAACAGUACUGUCCUUCAGCAGCUGCGUUCUUACUUUCAGGAGCACAACCGCAACUUCUACAAGAUGGUCAAGCGCUCCUUCAACUGGCAUUAGGCUGGACAUUUUGGGGACCGGGACUAUGACACCUGGGCCAUCAGAGGUCAUCUAAAUUCCCUGGAUAAAAUCGAUUAUGGGCAAGUCUGGUGGUAGCACAUGGGCUGGUCUUUGGGUUUGGAGAUCCCAAUGGGUUGCAGAGGGUGGAAGCACUUUACAAUCGAUCCUCUCUAAUCCGACUUUGGAAAUGCCUUUUAAAUUGCUGUCGUGAACAGUUUUAUAUAGGAGAAGCUACAGAAAUCAAAGCUUGAGUAA